UCUCGGCCCCCUCCCUCCCACCUCCACCGCUUCCGUGCAGGCUGUGUCUUAAAUGGCGGGUGGGGCCGGGCAGUGACUUCCGGUUGGGGGAAGAAAGUUGGGCUGAAGGAGGGGCUGUGAAAGAGGAGGAGGAAGAGGAAAGGGCCGGGCAGCAGGGGCUGUAGGUCGUUCGGCGGCGGCGGCUCUCUUCCGGGCGGACGAUGGACAGCCAGGGCAGGAAGGUGGUGGUGUGCGACAACGGCACCGGGUUUGUGAAGUGUGGAUAUGCAGGCUCUAACUUUCCAGAACACAUCUUCCCAGCUUUGGUUGGAAGACCUAUUAUCAGAUCAACCACCAAAGUGGGAAACAUUGAAAUCAAGGAUCUUAUGGUUGGUGAUGAGGCAAGUGAAUUACGCUCAAUGUUAGAAGUUAACUACCCUAUGGAAAAUGGCAUAGUACGAAAUUGGGAUGACAUGAAACACCUGUGGGACUAUACAUUUGGACCCGAGAAACUUAACAUAGAUACCAGAAAUUGUAAAAUCUUACUCACAGAGCCUCCCAUGAACCCAACAAAAAACAGAGAGAAGAUUGUAGAGGUAAUGUUUGAAACUUACCAGUUUUCUGGUGUGUAUGUAGCUAUCCAGGCGGUUCUGACUUUGUAUGCUCAAGGUUUAUUAACUGGAGUAGUGGUGGACUCUGGAGAUGGUGUGACUCACAUUUGUCCAGUGUAUGAAGGCUUUUCUCUCCCUCACCUUACCAGGAGACUAGAUAUUGCAGGGAGGGAUAUUACCAGAUACCUUAUCAAGCUGCUUCUUUUGCGAGGAUACGCCUUCAACCAUUCUGCUGACUUUGAAACAGUUCGCAUGAUUAAAGAAAAAUUGUGUUAUGUUGGGUAUAAUAUUGAGCAAGAGCAGAAGCUGGCCUUAGAAACCACAGUAUUAGUUGAAUCUUACACACUCCCAGAUGGCCGCAUUAUCAAAGUUGGGGGAGAGAGAUUUGAAGCACCAGAAGCUUUAUUUCAGCCUCACUUGAUCAAUGUUGAGGGCGUGGGUGUUGCUGAAUUGCUUUUUAACACAAUCCAGGCAGCUGACAUUGAUACCAGAUCUGAAUUCUAUAAGCACAUUGUGCUUUCUGGAGGUUCUACUAUGUACCCUGGACUGCCGUCGCGGUUGGAACGAGAACUUAAACAGCUUUACUUAGAACGAGUUUUAAAGGGAGAUGUGGAAAAACUUUCUAAAUUUAAGAUCCGUAUCGAAGAUCCACCGCGCAGAAAGCACAUGGUGUUCCUGGGUGGUGCAGUUCUGGCAGAUAUCAUGAAAGACAAAGACAACUUCUGGAUGACCCGACAAGAAUACCAAGAAAAGGGUGUCCGUGUGCUGGAGAAACUUGGUGUGACUGUUCGAUAAACUCACUCCAGAGCUUGCUCGCAUCGCACCCCUAAUGCUUUCUUUUUUCCUUUUUGCCAAUCUUUGAACUCAUUCAACUCCAGGACGUGGAAGAGUCCUCUCUGUGCCCUUUGACUGGAAAGGUCAGGUUUUAUUCUGGUGUCUUGGGGGAAGCUUUGUUAAAUUUUUGUUAAAGUGGGUAAAUCUGUUUAAUUCAGCCACUUCCCUACAAACACAACGAGAGGGCAAAGGGUCCCCCUGUCUGCUGCUUUGUUUCUUCUAAGUAGGCAUUUAGAUCAUUCCUGUCGGCUUCCUAUUUUCACUUUACUGCUCUAAUGCUGCUAGUUUUAGUCUUUAGCACACUAGGUGGUAUGCCUUUAUUAGCAUAAGAAAAAAACUUUAACAGGAGCUUUUACAUAUUAUUGGGGUGGGGGUGGUAAGGGAUGGGUGGGCAGCUGCUGAACCCUUUAUGGCAUUUCCUCUGUAGUGUGGUGCUUUCAACAGUUACUGCACAGUUUAAGUACCUUAAAGCUUCUGGAAUUAACAUUGUAGGGAAAUGUUAGGCUCAGAAUUAAAGUGUUUGGGAUGGGAUUUUGCGUGGGGGGAAGGGGUGGUCUUUGGACUUUUUAAUUUUCGAGCUUUUCUGCUCUGAGGUAUGUAAGAUGAAAUUUAUUUCCAGUCCUUUGAUUUGGCAGGUUUUCUUCGACUUUUGGUCUGCCUGGAACUGUUUCCAUUUGAUGUAAAGAGCAAGUGUAAUACUCCAUUACCAUGUGGCUUAGCGAUUUUUUUUUAAUUUUUAUUUUUUAAAUCAACCAUGUUAGCUGGGAAUAGACUCCCUAGAAUCUAUCAGUGGACAAUUGACGAUUUAAAAAUGCUUUUGGAAAUUCCAAGUACAGAUUAGAAAAGUGCUUAAGAAUGCUUCUUUCUAUACCAGAAGCAUUAAGGUACUCCAGUGCCAAGUGCCAUUCUUACAGUUACUCUUUUACAUAACUGACCAGUGCUGAUUUAAUAAGAAGAAGUAGACACGUAUAAAUAAUUACUGGCGGUAGGUUACAAUUUUGGGGGUAAAAAUAACAUUGAAACAUGGGACUUGUUGCCAGUUGGGUAAUUUUCAUUAGUCUUUUCAUUAUUUUAAUUUGCAAUCUGGAAGUGGAGUAUAACUUGACUACUUAAAAUGUUGUUGGCAAAAAAAAAAAAAAAAUCAAGAUUGAAAUUUGUAUUCGUGCUGAAAAAGUAAUCAUAACUAGUAAGUCUCAGUCGUCUUAUGCCUGAAAGAAGAAUUGUUGGUAUUUUGUAAGUGGUGGCAGACUUUUCUGUGUCAGAAAAUCAUAUUUAUGAAUCUGUUGGUACUGCUUUGUAUCUGAAAAAAAAUAUCAGAUGGUACUCAGAUUUGAAUUCUUUCUAAAUUUGAAAAAUAAAGUAAUAAGAAACUCUAUCAUGCUAAGUACAAAAUGCAGAUUCUGGGGGAAAAAUGUUUUCCUUCAUUUCAAAACAUUCUUUACUAAUAAUGGCUUUGAAAGAGGAAGCUUAGUUUUUAGGUGACUACAUUUGGAAAAAUUAUUGGCUUUAAGACCUUUUUUGUGAAAAAACUUAAAAGUCAGUUUACAUGAAAUAAGCAGCAAAAGAAGGUUAGUUUUAAUAAUGCAGCUUCUGUUCAUAUUAAGUAUUUUUUGUCUGUUUUACCUCACUUUGAACAAGUAAAAGAAGUUAACCUGCAUGCUGGACAUGCCUCUCAGUACACGUGAAUAGCCUAGGAAUAAAGUGUACUAGAUUUUAGGGACAUGGGUGUCAGUCAUUUUGGAAUUCUCAAGUGUUCCUAAAUCAUGUUCUAACUCCCCCUAGCCUUUUGAGUCCUGGACUUGUUAAAGGACACACAUGUAGGACCAGUACCUACCAGCUGUUCAUUUCAGGUAAAUUGGAUGAACUCUUGGCCUUUGGUCAUGAUUUUAAUAUAUGGGGGUAGAAAACAACAAGGACAAGGAUGGACUCUUACAACAAUUGAGAGAGCGUUUAUCAUUUGCCCCUUGAGUGUAGAAUUUGGUUUUAAUUUCAGUAUUCUGCUAGCAAACAGGACAGUUAAAAUGGUGUAUUUAUAUAUAUAGUAUAAUUUUAAAAUUCCAUUUUCUAAUUUUCCUAUUCCAAGGCAAAAUAAUGUAUUUUAGUUAUUUGGGGGGGGUAGUUGAAAUAUUAGGUUUAACUGGAGUUGUCAGGUGGGAGUCCCUCAAACUAACAUAUUUUCUGUUUUAAAAGAGAUCUGAUUUUUUAGCUCUUGAGAGCCAUUGUCACUUAAAUUUCCAAUAAUGAUUAAAAUUUCUUUUUAAAUUGAAUUGCCAAUGCCUUGACCUUUGAGAAGGGUUUCUUAGAAAUAAGUCCUACAUUUAAACUUCUUUCUUUAAAACAUGGUAUUGGAUGUUGACUUUUACACAGUUCUGAGCACUGUUAACAAUAUCUGGAAAGUGUUUUGCGAGAUCAAUGGAGAGUUAAACAUUCUACAUUUAACGUGAAUACACUUCUUUUUGAUUCAGAAAAUAAAAUCAGAUUUUUGAAAGUAAA